GCAAACGUGCAGAAGGGAAGAAAAUUAAAAUAAUAAACUCGAAAGAAUAUGACAGUUUUUCUGUUCAAGGGUUUAAUUAACUCUAACAAUAAUUAUAAUUUCAAGAUUUGUUUUUGAGUUACGGUGCUCGUGGUAGAGGCAUUCUUGAACGGCGCAGUACAGAACCCAAAAAUAUAAUGCGAAUAUGAUCUUCACUCUUCAGCGAUGGGGAAUAGCCGGGAGACGAGGAAUGAGUAUCAGCCUGAGUCAAGAGACAGCCACAGAAAAACAUGGGUGAAGAAGCUGAUUGAUUUGGUUGGAUGAUUGGAAACAAGCAGCUGUUUCAGCUGUUCUGGUGAUUUUUGAUCCCCUGUGCUCAGCACAGGUGUAGUAAUUGACAAGGAGCUGGAAAGGCUCGUGAAGAAUUAAGUAAGUGGUGAAGUUCAAACUACCAAGCUGGCUUGGAAACGUUACCUGGACUAUAACUGGUACAAGGACCAGGCUAUUCCAAGGUCUAAACCCUUUGUUCGGUUGUUGUUUGCCGGAGUCAUGGCAACCUUGUUGCAUUCUGAAUCUCGGCGCUUAUAUUCUUGGUGGUGGGAUAGCCAUAUUAGCCCCAAGAACUCAAAAUGGCUACAGGAGAAUCUUACAGACAUGGAUGCCAAUGUAAAAGCAAUGAUCAGACUCAUUGAAGAAGAUGCAGACUCCUUUUCAAGAAGAGCAGAAAUGUACUAUAACAAACGUCCAGAGGUUAUAAAAGUAGUUGAGGAGUUCAACCGAGCCUACCGUGCUUUAGCUGAACGAUAUGUCCCUGCAACUGCAGAGCUUGAUGAUGCACAUGAAACCAUGCCCCAAGCAAUGCCUCCUUCUGAUGCUGAAGCCCACACACCAGCAGUCCACCUCCCAAAUCAUGCACCGCAUGACAAAGGUGACUUGCACAAGGAGUUGGGGAGUUCGUCAUCAACGAAUCGACUUCCAUUAAGAAUGACGGGAAAUAACGAUGGGGAAACUAAUACUCGUGUAAGUAAAGCGGGUUUGAAAGAGCUCAAUGAGAUGUUUGCAUCAGAGGGAAGCACUGAACUGCAAGUAGUUCGUCGUGAAGGUGAAUUCGAUGGCCAUAACUUGCAUAGAGUGCCCUUUCAGUUAAUAAGGAACAUUUGUGUUCUCAAACCUCCAAUUCUGUGGUUGUCUGAAAGAGAUGAAAAAUUGGAUUCUGAACUUCAAAGUUUAAGAAAAAGACUGAAUGAGAUGGAAGCUGAAAAGGAAGCUUUCUUUGUUAAAUAUCAGAAUUCUUUGGAAAAGCUAUCCAGCCUAGAGAAAGAACUUAGUUCUACUCAAAAAGAUGCCAGUGGACUCGACGAACGAGCGAGCAAAGCUGAAAUCGAAAUAAAAAUAUUGAAGGAAGCCCUUCAAGAUUUGAAAGCAGAGAAGAAUGCAGGCCUUCUACAAUAUAAUCAAUGUUUGCAAAACAUAUCUAGCCUAGAAAAGCUAUUAUCUGACUCCCAACAAGAUGCUGAAGGACAUAAAGAGAGAACCGCUAAGGCCGAAAUUGAAGCUCACAACCUUGAGCAACAACUUUCCAGAUUAGCAGCUGAAAAGGAAGUCAGUCUUGUUCAGUAUGAGCAAUGCCUAAAGAAGAUAUCUGCUUUAGAGAAUAAAAUCUCUGUUUCUGAAGAUUAUGCAAGAACGCUCGAUGAACGAAUGAAUCGUUCAGAGACUGAAGUGAAAAUACUGAAGAGAGCUCUCGACGCUCUGAAUGAAGAGAAGGAAAUAGCAUCUCGCCAGUAUGAGCAGUGCUUGGAGAAAAUUGCCAAGAUGGAAACUGAAAUAUCUCAUGCUCAAGAUGAACUUGUGAUGGCUAAUGCAAAACUGGAGACAACAGAAGAAAGGUGUGGUCAUUUGGAGCAGUCAAACCAUUCACUGCAGUUUGAAGCAGACAACCUUGUACACAUGAUUGUUAUUAAGGAUCAAGAGCUUGCAGAAACACGAGAUGAGCUGAAGAAACUGCAGACUCUAAUGAAUGAACUGACUUUUUCUUCCAAUACUUCAAUGAAGAAUUUGGAGGAUCAAUUAUCUGGCUUGAUGGAGAUGAAAGAGAAGCUUGAAGAGGUUGUUUCUAAAAAAGAAGAGCAGAGAAAGUUGCUCGAGAAAGAGAUCGAUCAUUUGAGAGACGAAAUUAACGAAUCGAGUGUAAGAUACCAGCGCAUAAUGAGACAAUUGGAAGAGGAGAAUGCCAAGCUGAGGGAGGCCUGUGAAAAGAACAGGAACGAGAUAGAAGCACUUCAUGAAAAACUCAGUUAUAUGGAUAAACUUGAAAAGGAAAAUUUGUCUUUCCUUAUUGAAUGUGAACAAUAUGAAGAAGCAUCCAAGUUAUCAGAUAAAGUUAUUGCUGAAUUGGAAGGCGAAAAUAUGGAGCAACAAGUUGAAGUAGAAUUUAUGUACAAUGAAAUCAAUAAAUUAAGAGGAGGAAUCCGUAAGGUAUUAAUGGCUCUUCAAAUUGACCAAGUUGAAGAGAGGAUUCUGAUAGUGGAUAUUUUGGCCAGAAUUGAGGAUUUGAAAACGUCCGUGUUCAAAAACAAGGACGAGAAGCAGCGACUGCUCGUUCAGAACUCGGUUUUAUUAACUCUUCUCAAGCAACUGAGUUUAGAGAGUGAAGAACUGAAAGAAAACUUUAUGCAGGAUCAACUAGCAAUGCAUGAACAAGACAAGCAGAAUUUAAUCAUUCAGGAAACAAUUGCUUUCAACAUCCUAUCGUCGAUUUUCGAAAGCUUCAAAACCGAGAAAUUCUUGGAAAUCGAAAGGCUUGUUCAAGACAUCUGUCAUCUCCAAGUGGUUAAUUCUGAGACAAGAGAAGAAGUUGUGAAGUUGGCAGAGAAAUCUCAGUCGAAGGACGUUGAAAAUUUGCGUUUAAACGGAUCCGUAGAGAAAUUGGCUAAGGAGUUACAUGAAACAAAAGCUUUGAAUGAUGAACUCAACCAUCAAAUUUUACUUGGAAAUGAUUUACUGAGGUUGGAGGCUCAAAAGCUGUCUGAAACAGAGGAGGAGCUUAAAAAUUCACAAAACUUCAACAUGAAACUGUCUGAUACUGUUGAGGAGCUCAAGAUGGAAGGUGAAGAAACAAUGAUGAUCAAACAGAAUCUAGAGAAUGAGAAUCUUGAACUUAAAGAAAAGUGCUUAAGCCAGGAGAAUCGGAUUCAAUGCCUCGGUGAAGUAAAUGAAAAUUUGAAAUCUGAAGUUGAUUUAUUGAACAAGGAGAUAGAGAAAUGCAAGAUUAGAGAGGAGUGUCUGAGUCUAGAGCUACAGGAGAGAAGAGAUGAGUUUGAGCUCUGGGAAGCUGAAGCCACGGCAUUUUACUUUGAUAAUCAAAUCUCGUCGAUACGGGAGGUUUUAUACGAGAAUAAGGUACACGAACUUGUCCAUGCUUGUGAAAAUGCUCGGGAUGAGGACGCUGAAAAAGAUAUGGAGAUUGAAAAACUCAGAGAAAGAGUAAGUUUCCUGGAAAUUGAAGUCGGAGAAAUGGAGGCAGAGUUGUCUGCAUAUAAGCCAGCCAUAGCUGCUCUGAGGGAGGAUGUAGAAUCACUCAAGCAUAUUGUUCUUCCUCAGGGCGAGGAAACCACAGCUCAUGUUCAUCAGAGGAGCUGUAAUGUCUACAAAGAUGAGAUAUUGGAUUUGCAGGAGAUUGGGGCCAUGAUAAAAGUAGUGGAGAAGGCUGUGAUCGAGGAAAAGAAAAAACUUCACAAAGAAGCUGCUGAAGUACAUGUCGAAGACCUCAGAUCAGAAGGAACGUCGCGUCGAGAAGCGACAACGGAGGAUGGAAUUACUGAUAAUCCUAAGGCAAGAAAGAACAAACCUGAGAAUGAAAUGGUAAUGAAAGAUAUUCCACUGGAUCGUGAAUCAGAUAGUUCUUUCCAGAGAAGAAGCAGAAGGGAAAGUAGUGAGACCAAUGAGCAAAUGCUUAAGUUGUGGGAAAUUGCUGCGCAGAAUUGUGACCAGAAUUUGAUUGAUAGCUCGCCACAAAGCCCCUCAGACCCACAAGUUGAGUACCCACAGUUGGAGCAAUCCCCCAGCAGCAGCAUUAGAGAACGAAUCCGAAGAGGCCGAAAAGGAAAGAUCUUAGAGAGAAUUGAUUCAUAUGUCGAUCAGUUGACAGGUCUUCUAACAAGUGUUCGAGAUUUGAAAAAGAGAAUUGAAGUGAACAUCUUCGAAAUGGCUCCAAACAAUGAAUACGACACGGUUGAGAAACACGUAAAAGAAGUCGAGGAAGACAUAUUUCAGCAAAUGAAUAUCAAUGAUCAACUGAAGCAGAAUUUGGAACGCAGUCCCUCGUUUUUCGAGCGAAUGCCAUCAAUAGAAAUCGAGGCCACUGGAAACAUCCCCUUGAGCAAACUAAGAGAGCAGGCACGAAGAGGAUCUGUAAAGAUACAACAACUCCAGUUCGAGGUAGAGAGCAUUCAGCGCGUUGUGCUGAAACUCGAAGCCGAGAAGAAACCAAAAGGGAAGAGCACAUUACCGGGGAGUAGUAAACCUCGGGUUAUUCUGAGUGAUUUCAUCUGCAGAAGCCGAAAACGGAGGGAAAGAUGGAAGAAACCAUGUUCUUGUGGAUGUAUGAGACCUUCUACGCAUGGAGACUGAAUCUCCUGAUAGAUACUCCGGCUGUACAGUAGUAGAAGAUUAUAGAGACAGCAGCUAGCUAUCCAUCCCUUUGUAAGUUGUAAUAAUUGUAGAUCAUCAUCUCUGGAUCUAUCUAAUGAUGAUGAACUAUAACAAGACAGAUUCUUGUCUUGCGCUAGCUUGAUUGAUUAUGAUGAUUAAAGUCCAGAAAUAAAAUGUUCACAUUUUUCAA